AUGGCUAAAUUAAAUUCAUUAAUUUAUUCAUGUUUACCAACUGGAAUCAUUCAAGCUAAUUGCUGUAUUCUUGGAAAUCCUGAAACAGGAAAUUAUAUUGUAACAGAUGUUGGAGGAGAUGCUGAUCGUGUUAUUUCAAGGGCAAAAUCAAUUGGAUUAAAGAAAUGCAUUGGUGUUUAUUUCACUCAUGGACACUUUGACCAUGUCUCAGGAGCAAAAAAAAUUAAAGAAUUAACUGGAGCACCAUUAUGUUUACAUGAAAAAGAUAUUGAAUUAUAUAAUAAUUUACCAAUGCAAUGUGAUUAUUUUGGUGUCCCUGAAGUUAGUAAUUUACCACCAAUUGAUAUAAUACUUAAAGGUGGAGAUGAAAUUAAUCUUGAUGGACAUAAGGGUGUUGUAUUACAUACACCAGGACAUUCUCCUGGGUCUUGUUCAUUUUAUUUUAAAGAUGAAGAGAUAGUAAUUAAUGGAGAUACUCUUUUUGCUGGGUCAUAUGGAAGAACUGAUUUGUGGGGAAGUAGCUUCUCUCAAUUAAAAGCAUCAAUUAAAAAUGUAUUAUUUUCACUACCAAUGAAUACUAUCGUUGUUACUGGACAUGGGUCAAACACUACAAUAAGAGAAGCAAAAAAAUCUAAUAUGAUCUGUUUUGCUUAA